CUAAAUAAUUUUUAAUUAACACGGAUGUAAUUUAUUAGCAAUAACAUAGUGGUGUUUCUUAACGGUGCUCGAUGUGCGCUAAAGGAGAAAGCACAAAAACUGCGUUUAUUAUAGGAGCAUGAAGUGACCUGAUGUAUUUUAAAAUAAAAUCUUGACUAUGAGUGGUAAUUAAAGAAACACAGCUAUUUUUAUAGUCCUUUAGUUGCAGAAUAAGAAUCUGCUUUCAGUUUUUUUGUAAGUUAAACCGUCACCAAAUAAAAAAAUAAAAUAAAAAUUUGACCUAGUUCCCGAAUACAGUGUGCCUAAUAUAAGAAUCUACUAUAUUUGAUUUUGGUUUGGAUGAAUAAGAAUGCCAAUGAUAAAAUUGUUUUGCUGAGAUGACAGAUCAUCAUAAUUUGGUUCCCUGGGUGUCAUUUUUAAUCUGAAAUGCAGAAUGAGAAUCUUAUAAACUUAUAUAUAGUAUUUUCCUCUUUUUUUUUGACUUAAUUAAUAAUGUCUAAACAGCUGAAAAAACAACUUCUCAUAAAGUAAAAUAUAUUUCAGAAAUUUGUCUCCAUUAGUAGGCAUUAGAAAGGAUUUAUAGCUAAGACCAGGCGUAGAUCAGGAUCUCAUCACCCCAAGUCCUAUCUGAAGAUUGCAAAAUGGCACUGACCAUCAUAAAGAUUGGUUCAUGCCACAUACAUAGCGCACAGACUCCUGUACUGGGCCCUCUUGCUAUAAGCAGCCUAAGGCCGCUGUAACUAUGGUUUUGUUGAGUUGACAAAAAUCAGAAACAAUCUAAAAAUGGAUACCAAGAUGUCUGUGCUUUGUUUGCUUCUCUGCUUAGGAUUUGUGAACUGUGUCUAUGAAAACAUUAAUGGCGCUUUCAAAUACUACAAUUCAAAUGUUCAAAAGACAUGUCGUGGAAAAUAUUGUGGCCGCAUGCCUGGAAACAGCACAUGCAGGGCUUGUCCUCGUGGCUACUCUCCAGACAUGGCAUCUCUUUGUGUCCAGUGUAACAGCUCACCAACAUUUUAUGACUGGCUCUAUCUUGGAUUCAUGAGUCUAACUUCCCUUGUUCUGCACUGGAGCUUCAUUGAUUUCCUGUCUCGACCUAAAAGGGGUGUACUACUGUUGCAUUUGUCAGCCUUGGUGGAAUCUGUCCUGGCAGCAGUGAUAACUCUGCUACUUUGUGAGCCAGUUGGUUCAUUUGAGGUGCGGUCAUGUCCAGUCAAUCAAUUCAGUGAUUGGUAUAGUAUGUUCUUCAACCCCACCCAGGACUACUACAACACAGACUACUGUACUCAGGAAAUAGUUUACCCUUUAUAUUCCAUGGUAAUGAUUUACUAUGUGUUUUCUCUGGUCUUCAUGAUGCUGUUCCGCCCUAUCCUCUCAUAUCGACUUCAAGGCUGUCAGGGUCAAAAGUCAAUUUAUGCAGCAUUAUACUUUCUACCAAUACUCAUCCUGAUUCAUGCUGUGCUAGCAGGAGUUAUCUACUAUGCCUUUCCCUAUGUUGUGGUGGUUGUGUCAGUUAUCACAAGUGCUUGUCAUUUAGCUACUGAAGAGAAUCAGGUCAUGAAGGAUCUCAUCAAACAGAAUGUGACAAAUAUCCGCAAUCUGACCAUUCUACUCGGUCACUGGGCACUUCAUGCUUAUGGAAUCAUAGCCAUCACACAACUUGUUCAGCCAGCCUACCAGGCCCCACUGGUGGCUCUUGUCCCGUUCCCAACUAUAUUCUACAUUCUGACUGUCAAAUUCACAGAUCCAGCCAUGGUUUAUCCUUUCAGUACCAUCACUUUACAGGGUGCUUGAGUUUCCGUUUUUUUUAAUAAUUUCUUGGUCAAUUGGAAAUCUAAGUGUGAAAAUCUGUGAUAUACUUUAGAUAACAACAUGUUAUCAUUAGAUCAAGUUUGUAACAUCUUCUAUAUGUUACCUUCAACAACAUUUACUACUACAAAAGUAAAGGCAAAAUAGUUCAAAAUUUGGCAAAGAAUUCAUAAGUAACAAAUGCUUGUAACUGAUUUUAUCCAGCACUGACAUUCCAUGGUAAUGAUAUACCACUGAUGGUAUGUUUUAAGCUGACAUGUUAUUGUUUCAAGUUGAUUGAUUUCAUCAAGCACUGAUGUUAUUGUUUCAAGUUGAUUGAUUUCAUCAAGCACUGAUGUUAUUGUUUCAAGUUGAUUGAUUUCAUCAAGCACUGAUGUUAUUGUUUCAAGUUGAUUGAUUUCAUCAAGCACUGAUGUUAUUGUUUCAAGUUGAUUGAUUUCAUCAAGCACUGAUGUUAUUGUUUCAAGUUGGAACUGUAAUCAGGUCUUUUUUGUGCAUGCACUUUAGCUGCCAUCCUACUCUAGUCUAUGAUGACACAAAAGAGAGAGACUUUUCUGACGUGAUUCAAAGGACAAUAUUAGAGCAUCAUGACUUGUCUCAUGUCAGUUGUCAACAAAUAAUUUAAUUGUUGAAUUCAUUUGUUCAACACCAAAUAUAAUGAAGUUGACUGUUUGAUUGUUGAAUUCAUUUGUUCAACACCAAAUAUAAUGAAGUUGACUGUUUGAUUGUUGAAUUCAUUUCUUCUUUGUGAUGACCUUUAAAAACUGAUUCUCAUUCUGUCAACCAGCAUAUGCUCCGAUAUUUGCAAUGAUGAAUGUUAAUUAUCGUGGACUAUAUACUAUUUCUUGAUAUUAACAGAUAAUGUUGACUGCUCAACUGUGUUGUAGGCCUAGUCUGGAUGCAGAUCCACUAACAUGCUUGUCUUGUGUGUUAUUGUAAUUGAAAUAUAAACUGAAUUUUUUAAAAAGUAUACCAUUUAUACACUCAGCAUUAUAUGCAGCCAUGAGACAAAAAACUGCCUUGAAUUCCAGAUAUGGACAGUCAGCAGUACAACAUUGUAGGUCUCUUAGUAGUUUUUUUUUUUAAAUCAGACCAUACUCACAGACAGAUAGUGGAGGGAAAGAAAGAAGACAAGACAAUAUACAGACAGAAAAUUGAUUGUAGAUGGACAGAAAACAGAUGACUAACAGAUAGAAUUACAGACAGUGACAGGCAGGUGACAGAUAGACAGGAAAUAGAAGAAAGACGAGGGACAGAAGACAGUUAACAGAAAACAAAUAGUAGACAGUUGACAGGCAUACAAAUUGAUAGGACAGACACAUGAGAGAUAAAGAGGCAGACACAGACAGAAAACAGUAGAGCAAGGAUGGACAGAUAAAGAUAGAAGACAUUUGACAGACGGACAAAUAGGACAAACAACAUGACAGAAGUAGGCAGACAGAGGAUGGAUAGUAGAUGGACCCUAAUUAUCUUUUUUUUUUUUUUUUUUUUUUGAAGGAGCGUCUUUAAUUUGUAAGAUAAGAUCUAUUUAUUGUCAUUAAGUUUUUGAUUUUUUCAAAAAUGUUUAUACUUAUUUCAUGUGAAAAUAAUGCUAAUGUUACAAGAUUUGUCCAUGAUUGUUACAAUAAAAUAUCAAAGAAUUA